CGUGCCAUCCGGGUCGGUCGAGCGCCGGGAAUCUUCAGCGGAUUGCACAUGCUUUGGCUUCUGUGUCUACCUUUAAAGCGCUGGGGUCGAUCCUCGAGAUCCCAACUCCGAGGGCUGGACAUUUUCCCGCGUGUGUCUCGUUUGAGAUGGUCAAUGUCAACGGCGGUGCGCGACAAUGUGUCAUCAGCGCAUGGAUGUUUCGACGAGAGACUACGGAUCCGAGGCCAUCGUGAGCUCAUCUACUUCGCACUCUUCGAAAAUCCCUCGAGUCUGAACAGUGAGAAUAUCUUCUGGUUCUAGGUCUGACAACUUCCUCUCUUUCGUUUCGCUCCUGAUCUCUUGACUCUGGAGGUCGAUAGAUCCAUCUUCAGAGUUUCCAGUCGAUCAGGUGGAGUCUCCAUCUGAUCCACUGCGAAUGCAUUGGAUCAGUGUGUGGAUCGUUCAAUAAUGCGCAUGCCAUGCCAUGCCAGACUCGGAUCUGUCAAAAAUCUCUCCCCUCCCCUCAAGAAUUGUCGCAAUGCUGGGAACGAAAUUCCCGACUGCGCGUGUCCAGAAAACCUGCGCUCGUGAAUUUUCCGGCGGAAGAGCAUCUCCGAGAAUUCAUUCAAGUCGGCAGCUAUCACCAUGAAUUAUGGAAAGAGCCAAUUCCUCCGCACUACUCGUCAAUCCAAUUCUCGUCAUGAGAUGCCGCAUCCACUUUCACCAUUCAAUUCGUCUCGCGGCACGAGCCUUCGCUCGAUUCUCACUUCAUCCCAGACUGUCGGAAGCUCGCGCAGGGGUCCGACGUCAGCAGAACACGUCAGCAAGUUGCGUGCUGAAGAAGCCUCCACGGAAGCAUGGCAUGGCAUUCGUCCCAAUCAUUGAGACACGUCAUCGUCGGUCGGCUCGUCGAGAGAGCUGCUCAUCAGCAACUCUACGCCACUGCGGACGAGUCUUUCGAACACGUGUCGCCCUCGGCUGAACUCAGUCCGUUUCCCGCGUCCAGCUAUUCUAUCACUUCAGAGCGAGGCCAACUAUGUCCAGCGUUCAAGCUCGUACGCCGUGCCGAAGUUUGCUGCGGGGUUGGCCCUCCAUUUACUCCAGAGCCAGUUGACUGCGUUCGAACCAUAUCAAUGCAGCCAAAACACACAAAUCUCUAGACUAGUAGAUUGAUUUUCAUAUUUUUGAUUUGAUGUUUUCUAUAUUGGACUCAUUUAAAAUAUUCGAAGUGCUUUGAACUCACAGACCUGUGCGUGAGAAAAAUCCCCGAACUGUGUAUUAUUGGGUAUCGA